GGAAUCGCAGAGCGGGGACUGCGCAGCUGACAUCUCACCAUGUCUGUCCCAGCCGGCACUGGGGAGAUUUCCCGGGGACAGCCCUGUCAGCCCUGCUCCCCCUUCCCAUCUCCUUCAAACCCCCACGGAGCCCCCCAAGUGGGGCUUCCCCCUGCCGCCGUGCAAUAGGGAGCUGGGGAAAAGAAAGCUGGGGGGAGGGAGCAGAAAGCAGCCUGAAACCGCGGCCAGCAAAGCCCCUGCGAGCUUUUCCACCAUGGUGUGGGCAGCUGCCCACUGCCUUUGCUGACCUGAGCCCUCCAGGGCUGGCCGUGCCCCUCCACGCUCUCUGCACUGCCCGCCGCCCCCCCAAACCUGCGCGGGAGGCAGGUGCCACCUCCAGGGAUGUUUCCCUUCCCGUGGCCGGGAUGGCUGGGCUCAGCAGGGUCUUUGGGGACCCCGAGGGAUGAGGUGGCCCCAUCCUGCGAUGCUCUUCGCUGCCAGCCAGCUCCCCACUGCAUCCCUGUCCCCAGCAGGAUGGCCAACCCAGACACCAACCUCCGGCGGCCCUGGAGCAUGGUACAUGACAUCCCCAUUGUGAGCGCCUUCACCCACAACUGGGACAAGGUUGACAUCUUCCAGAGCCGCCCCGAGGACAUUGUGGUGAUCAGCUUCCCCAAAUCCGGCACCACCUGGAUCAGUGAGAUUGUGGACAUGAUCCUGAAAGGCGGUGACCCCGAAAAGUGCAAGUGGGAUGCCAUCGGCAACCGGGUGCCUAUGCUGGAGUUCUCUGCCCCUGGGAAGAUGGUGGCAGGCACAGAGCAGCUGGAGACCAUGGCAUCCCCUCGCAUUGCCAAGACCCACAUCCCAGCUCAUAUCUUGCCCAAAUCCUUCUGGGAAAACCACUGCAAGAUGAUCUAUGUGGCACGCAACGCCAAGGACGUGGCCGUCUCCUUCUACCACUUUGACCUGAUGAACCAGCUGCAUCCGCACCCUGGGACAUGGGCCCAGUACCUGGAGGAGUUUAUGGCCGGCAGAGUGGCAUACGGCUCCUGGUACAACCACGUCAAGGGCUACUGGGAGCGGAGGAAGGAUCAUCCCAUCCUCUACCUCUUCUACGAGGACUUGAAGGAGGAUCUCCGCCGGGAGGUUGCCAAGGUGGCCCAGUUCCUGGGGCAGGAGCUGCCAGAGGCGGCCCUGGACACCAUCACCCGACACACCUCCUUUGAGACCAUGCGGGACAACCCCACCACCAACUAUAGCAUGGUGCCCCCCGACCUCAUGGACCACGGCAUCUCCCCCUUCAUGUGCAAAGGCACCACUGGAGACUGGAAGAACCACUUCACCGUGGCCCAGAACAAGCGCUUCGACCAGGACUAUGCGCAGAAGAUGUCGGACACCGACCUGAGCUUCCGCACCCAGAUCUGAGACUCCCUGUUGUAUGCCCUCCCUGUCCAACCCGCCAUUCCAGGUCUCGGCAUUCCCGUGGCUCUCCCGCCUCCCUGUGCCACAGGGAAUUUUUCAGAAAUAAAGUUUUAUCUUUGAAUCCUCCUCCCAAGUUUGCACCCUGUGAAAGCUGCUGCGUUGCUACAGAGCGCUGUGGAGCCUCAUCCCACCCUGCAUCACCCCAGCCCCAUGUGGCCAGUGCAGGGCAUGCUUAGGAUGAGCCUGUGUGGCUCUUUCUUGAGGAAUAAAAAAGCCAGUAUGUGCUACAGAGCUGUUUCCA